AUGAAUAUCAGUACCUGGAAUAUGAGGGGAUUGAAUGAUCCCAUUAAAGUAGUUGAAAUAAAGAAGUUUUUGGCUAGUAAUAACAUUAGUGUUGUAGCUUUGUUAGAAACUAAAGUUCAGGAGAAGAAUAGUAGUAAAAUUCAGAAGAAAAUAGGGAAUGGGUGGCAGUGGAUUAUGAACUAUGAGUGUUCUCCUAGAGGAAGGGUUUGGAUUUGCUGGAAGUAUGCUGUGGUUUCAGUUCAGCUUCUUCACAAAACCGAGUUCUGUAUUCACUGUACUGUUGCUACAAAGAACGGCCUUUUUAGUACUACCUUUUCAGCUGUGUAUGGUUUACACUCCGUUGAUACUAGAAAACCUAUGUGGAGAGAGAUUACCAACUUCAGUAGUACUGUUACUUGUCCUUGGCUAGUCAUGGGUGAUUUUAAUGCAGUUUUGUUAGCUCCUGAUAGAGUAAAUGGCAAUGCAGUUACUGAGGGAGAAACUAAAUACUUUGAUAGCUGUAUGGAUUUGGCAGGGUUGGCUGAGCUUAAAAGUUGUAGGAGUUACUACUCUUGGAGCAAUAAGGGGCAAGGCAAUUUGAGAAUAUGUUCCAGAAUAUAUAGAGCUAUUGCCAAUGCACUUUGGCAUUCUAAGUUUGUUGAUGCUGUGGUGGAUUACUUGCCUCCAGGGAUUUCUGAUCAUUCCCCCCUAAAAGGGAUGGAUGUUUCCUGUCCAAGGAGUGGUUCCAUGCUGAAGGUAUGGACUAAGCUGAAAGCAGUAAAGCAAGGCUUGAAGGAGCUUCAUCACAAAGAUUUUGCUAAGCUUGAUGAGAGAAUUGAGGGGUUGAGGGUUGAUUUGGGUCAAAUUCAGACUCAGUUAGCAGCUUGCCCUACUGAUAGUAAUGUGCAGCAAAGUGAGAGGGAGUGUAGUGAGACCCUUAAGAAGUUCUUGCAUAUUCAGGAAAGUGCCUAUAGACAGAAAGCAAGAAUUCAGUGGUUGCAAGUAGGAGAUUCUAAUUCUAAGUUAUUUUUUAGUGCAAUGAAGGAGAGGAUAGCUAAGAAUACUAGCUCCUUGAUUGGUGUGGAUGUUGGGGUGGUUAGGAAAGGGAAACAGCUUUCUGCUACUGAUGCAGAAAUGUUGGUGGUUCCUAUCUCAGAUGCAGAAAUUGAUGCAGCUAUCAAAGAUGUCUAUGAAGCAGUGAAAGAGUUCUUUAGAACUGGAGUGAUGUUGAAGCAAGUGAACAACACUUCAGUUACUCUUGUGCCUAAGAUACAGAAUGCUUCAUGUGUGAAGGAUUUUAGGCCAAUAGCUUGCUGUUUAGUUGUUUACAAAAUUAUCUCCAAAAUUCUUACUGCUAGAAUGCAAAGUGUUAUUGGGAAAGUUUGCUAUUCUAGAAAAUAUAUUUCUCCUAGGUGUAUGAUUAAGGUGGAUCUGAAAAAAGCUUAUGACUCCUUGGAGUGGCCUUUCUUGAAAACUAUGUUGUCAGAGUUAGGUUUCCCUGUGAAGUUUGUGAAUUGGGUGAUGCAAUGCCUCUAUUCUGUCUCUUAUUCUAUUAUGAUAAAUGGUUGCCCCACAAAACCAAUUCCUGCAAAUAAGGGUUUGAGGCAAGGUGAUCCUAUUUCACCUUACUUGUUUUCUUUGGGUAUGGAAUAUCUGUCAAGGUGUCUUCCUGCACUUGCUGAUAAUCCUGAGUUCUCUUAUCACCCUAGAUGCAAAAAGCUGGAUCUCACCCAUAUGAUGUUUGCUGAUGAUUUACUGAUGUUCUCCAGAGCUGAUGAGAGUGCUGUGAAGGCUCUUUUUGAUGCUUUUACCAAGUUUUCCUUGGCUUCUGGAUUGGAGGCUAACUUGCAUAAAAGUGAGGGGUCUUUUCCAUUCAGAUACCUGGGUGUUCCUCUCACAACUAGGAAGCUGUCAUUUACAUACUGCAAGCAUCUCAUUGAUAGAACUGUUGCUAGAAUCAAGAGCUGGACUUCUAAAUUUCUUUCCUAUGCAGGCAGGUUACAACUGGUGAAAUCUGUUCUUUUUGGUAUCCAACUUUACUGGUGCCAGAUAUUUGUUAUGCCUAAAAAAGUGAUGAAAGAAAUUCAGAGAAUUUGUAGAUGUUUCUUGUGGUCAGGCACUGAUGCAGAAUCUAGGAAAGCUUCAGUCUCUUGGGAGCAAUUAUGUUUUCCUAAGAGUUGUGGAGGGUGGAAUCUUAAAGAUCUAACUGUGUGGAACAAAGCAGCAGUUUUGAAGCACUGCUGGGCUUUAGCUUUGAAGCAGGAUAGGCUUUGGGUUAGGUGGAUUCAUGCUUAUUACAUUCAGCAUAGAGACUUCUGGACUAUGUCAAUUCCUAAUGGUUUAACUUGGUCUUUAAGGAAAAUUUGGCAUAAUAGAGAAGUCUUUCUGCAGGCUAAUGGAGUUGAUCAGUUUGUGCAGGCUGGAAAAUUUAAAAUUCAGAAAAUGUAUAAAUUUCUUCAUCCAGUUGGAGUUCAGGUGGGAUGGAAGAGAUUGAUUUGUAAUAGUCAUGCUAGUCCAAAGAGUACUUUCAUUGUUUGGCUAGCAGUGCAGAACAAGCUAGCUACAAAAGACAGAUUGAUAAGCUGGCAUCUGAAUAUUGAUGGUACUUGUGGAUUGUAUCAGUUGGAAAGUGAAAGUUUGGAUCAUUUGUUCUUCUCUUGUUCUUAUUCUAAGGAGAUUUGGAGACAGGUUCUGAUUCAUCUAGGAGUGACUAGAGCUGUUUUGCCUUGGCAAGAAGAAGUCCAGAUUGCAGUGAAGAGAAGCAGAAGUAAAAAGAAGAAGGCUUGCAAGUAUAGUAUAGCUUUCAUUGAGUCAGUUUACUGUAUCUGGUUGCAAAGAAAUUCUAAGGUGUUUAGGGAUCAUGUUGAUCCAGUCAAAGCUGUUGUUAGCAACAUUAUGUUUAAUGUUGAGUGUAGAUGUCAAUUCAGGAUCCUAUGGGUAACAUUGUUAAACAGGUGGUUGAGUAUGAGUGGCUGCCACCAUACUGCCAGAACUGUAAGAUUGUGGGACAUGAUUGUACUCAGACAAAAGUCAAUACUACAAGAUUUAGACCAGCUGCUGUUCAGAAAAAAAAAGGUUGUGAAGGUGGGGAAACCUAAAGCUGUGCAACCAGCUCCUGAAGCAAAAGACACUGAUGACUUGAAUAAUAAAACUGCUGCUCAAGAGAAUGAUGGAGAGAAUGGAGAGUUGUCUGUUACUGAUAGACCCUUUACUCCACUUGCUCCAAUUCAUGAUGAAGGGUGGAGGGUUGUUUCAAGGAGAAGAAGAGAUAUAAGAACUCCAGCUCAGACUGUGGGGCUUGCUGAGGUUCAUUUGAGUGAGGGGGAUUUGGUUGUUGGUAGUGAUGGAGUGGACUUCUCAACUGAUCCACCAUGA